CUGAGCAGCACUAUUUAAAUCACAGAGAGAGCAGUCAUGGGCUGAACGCUGGUACAGAUGUUCAGAGAGUUAAAGAAGGAGAAAGAUUGGCACCUGAGGUUCAACAGAGCUUCAAAGGCGUCUGUACUGCAACCAGCAGAGGAUGCAGCUGGUUGUCAUGGCAGCAGUGCUGGCAAUAGCGGGGGCGGGGCAGAGCUGCAGCUCCAGAUGUCGUCCAGCCAACGUCAGCAUCCCCGUGCAGAGCUGUGGCAACACCGAGUAUAUCUACACCACUAUGUGUGCAGGACAGUGCUACCACGAGGACCCAAACUACAUCCAUGAACUUGGCAUGGAUAGACAGGUGAUCUGUAACGGGGACUGGACCUAUGAAGUGAAACGCAUUAAUGGAUGUCCACAGGCAGUGACCUACCCUGUGGCCACAAACUGCCACUGUACUUCAUGUAAUCCAGACAACACUCACUGUGGCCGCUUUCCUGGAGAGAUUGCCAGCUGUCUGUCCUUUUAAAAAGAAAACAAACAAAAAACAGUGUACAUUCUUAAAUGUUCCUGUUUCCCUUGACAUGGGACUGAAAUAAACAAGCUU